AGAGAGAAAAAGAUAUCUUCGUUUGAUUACCUUCUUCGUCGUAGCAAUCAUCGCUUGUUUGGUUUGCUUUGCAGUUUAAGUUGUAAGCGUUUAUCACGUUUGACGUACGCUGUUCCUGUUUUUACGCAUACUCAGGAAAAUUGUUCGAAAAAUACGUGUUGGCGGCGAAAAUCAUGUAAAAGUGUGUUUUUAAUUUGAAGUGGGUGUAGUGCAUAUUGAACAAAUUCAGCAGUUAUAAUAGUAUUAUUGUGUUCUUAAAUGUCCUGUGUUGAGUGCAAAUUAUUCUAGUUGUGGAUAAACAACAGGUGGUGUAGAUGCACGGAAACUCGAACGACCGCAGGGCCCUCGAAAGGGAGGCCCUGCGAAACGUCAUCAAUCAGUGGAAUGCCAACAGAUUAGAUCUUUUCGAACUAUCCGAACCAAAUGAUGACCUCGAAUUCCACGGCGUAAUGCGUUUCUACUUUCAAGAUUCCGGUCAGAAGGUAGCUACCAAGUGCAUCCGUGUGGCGUCUGAUGCUACUGUCGAAGACGUCAUCGGUACCCUAGUAGAAAAAUUCCGUCCGGACAUGCGGAUGCUUUCGGUGCCUUCUUAUGCCCUUUACGAAUUGCACGAAGGAUGUCCUGAACGGAAAAUGUCGCCGGAUGAGAAACCGCUGCUGGUUCAGCUCAAUUGGCACGUGGACGACAGAGAGGGGCGGUUUUUGUUGAAAAACGUUGACGACAAGACGGUUGGUUCAAUGGGUUCGAUAGAUUCGAAUGCGAGCUUCCGACGAAAAUUGUCGAAACGAGAGAAAAAGCAACUGAAGAAACAGGAAAAAAUGUCAAGGAUAAAAUUAGAGAACGGCGAUAAUCAAGAUCAAGAUGGCGUAGCUGAAAAGUUGUAUACCGAAUUACCCGAAACUUCGUUUACUAGAUCGAUAUCUAAUCCUGAGGCAGUUAUGAGGAGAAGAAGGCAGCAGAAAUUGGAGAAGAAAUUGCAACAAUUCCGAUCAAAAGAUGGUGGACCAGAUACAGGUGGAACUCUCAAAAUUUACGGAGAAGCCCUAUGUAAAGAUGUCCCUUAUAAAACUCUUCUGUUGUCGGUACGCGAUUGCGCAGGAGCCGUGGUACGAGAAAUGCUCGACAAAUAUGGUCUAACAAAAACAGAUCCGUCCCAAUGGUGCCUUGUCCAGGUUACUCAGCAACCUGGAUGUCCAGAUACAGAGUAUGUUUUAGAUGACGAUGAAUGCCCUUUGAGUAUUUUGAUGACGUCACCAAAUACUGGCUCCAUAAUGUUUCACGUUAGGAGAAGGCCCGCUGAUUGCGCGCCAAGAAAAAGAAAAAAGAAACCAGGAGCCCUCGGUCAAGCGGCCAGUACGAGAGACCUCAGAGGGGAUGCGGCUCCACUUUUGAUUGAACUUGGACCGGACGGUUCAGCUCCCCAUCCUGGAGAUGCAGCCAGGACGAUAAGAUUGACAAAUGAUGUGAUGGAGGUUGGCUCUGCGAACGGCAUCGCCUUACAACUAUACGGUCCCCACAUACAACCUCGCCACUGCGUAAUCACCAACGCUGCUGACGGUGUGACGUCACUGACGCCUUGUAACGCUGAUGCCCAUACUUACGUUAAUGGUCAGCGCAUCCAUCAGGCGACAGUGCUGCAGCACGGAAGCUUGGUGAAGUUCGGCCACAGUAACACCUACCGGUUUCUGGAUCCCUCUCACGAAGACAGGAGUAGGCCGGCCUUUGCUAGUGGUGGUGGAGUUGAUAAUGGAAGCGGCAGGAUGUACGAAAGUCGGUCACCUCGAGCUCUGAGCCCAACGGACACAUCGAGAGACAAUAUCGAAACUACUUUCGAUUUGGAAGGAAAUGUGGAAACUAUUUCCACUGCUAGCGGUCCAAGGGAGGAUAGUAGGUCAUUGGGAUCAUCAUCGGAAAAUAGGUUGAGUGGAAUCGAUAGAUUCCCCAGAGGCCAAGAUCCAAUUCUACCUGCCGUUCUGGAAUUUCCAGAGGAACCUCAAGAACAAUUUCUCGCCCGUGUCAUAACUCAUCUAGAUGUCACUACCCCAACGUUUCGUCUGGCGCCUGCUUACACUCUCUACCUUUGCGCAAGGUAUCGAGCUUCCACCCACUAUCGACCAGAGCUGACUCCUACGGAGCGUGCACAUAAGUUGACUUUGUUGCUGCAGCAUGCAGCAAUGCUAAUUAGGCACACUGUCCAAGACCGAAGCACAGAAAGUACCUCCCAAGCAUUCUGGUUGGCAAAUGCAAGCGAAUUGCUUCAUUUUCUAAAAUCUGACAGGCAUGUCAGCGCUUUCUCUCUUCAAGCACAGGAUACCUUAGCGGAUGCUGUUCAAUUAGCGUUUAAGAACCUUGUGGCUUGCCUUACCGACGAGCUCAACUCUGCCAUGAGUUAUUUAAUGUCAGUGACCAGUGACGAUCACCCUAGAGAGGUGAUUAAUAUACUAAGUGGGGCCAUGAACUUACUGAGGAAGUGUAGAGUAAAUGCUGCCUUGACCAUACAACUAUUUUCCCAGUUGUUCCAUUGGGUAUCAGCAAAGGCUUUGUCGAAUGUCAUCAGUAACAGCAAUCUCUGCACGCGAAAUUUCGGUAACAAACUCUUCAAUCGAUUAAGGAAUCUGCAAGCUUGGGCAGAAUCUCAAGGUUUAGAACUGGCAGCAGAGUGUCACUUGGCUAAAAUCGUACAGUGUGCUCACCUUUUACAAGCUCCAAAGUAUGCUCCUGAAGAACUCGCCAACUUGUCAGCUGCUUGUUUCAAGUUAAAUUCGAUGCAGUUGGGAGCCUUGUUAAUGCAAUAUAAAGCUGAACCGGGUGAAAAAUUGGCUUCUCCUUCUCUUCUUGAACAAGCGGCCAAAGCUGCUGAGAGCGUUGCAGACGAACUAGCCCGUGCUGAAGGUCGGGAAGUUACUCUUUAUGAAGAUCCUGCACCUCCAUUACAACUCUUACUGCCUGAUGAUGGUUUCAGUUGUGAUGUCGUACAGGGAGUCCCUCCUGGGUUGGCAGAUUUCCUUCAUCCGUUGCAAGCAUCAGGGUUGUGCAGGCUAGCAGCACAGCCAACAAGUUCUGGACAUUGGACAGUAUAUAUGUCAGCACCAAGGCCACCUUCUGCAUUGAGUACGACACAGCCAGAGGUACAAGUAAUAAGGCUCCAUAAGUCUGGAGGCGGUAUGGGUCUCUCAAUCGUAGCUGCGAAAGGUGCUGGCCAAGAACGAUUGGGAAUCUAUAUAAAAUCUGUUGUGCCAGGUGGGGCAGCUGAUCGAGAUGGAAGAUUGGCUGCGGGAGACCAACUAUUGUCAGUUGACGGUCAGUCACUGUUAGGAAUAACACAAGAAAAGGCUGCAGAGUUUUUACAAAGGACAAGUAGUGUCGUCACCCUGGAGGUAGCCAAAGCAGGUGCUGUGUAUCAUGGUCUAGCGACUUUGCUUCAGCAACCAAGUCCGACACCACAUAGAGGUCCAAGGCGGAUGUCGGAACGCGACUUGCCGUCUAAAGUAGAUACAGAACGAUCUAUACCCUCAUCGAAAUCCGUUCCCGCCCUUCAUCAGAUCCCUGGAGCAAACGAACACGCCACUCGUCCUAACCAUGAUGCCUAUAGUCGAACGUCUUCCAACAACAGCAUAAACAACGGUCAACAAAUGGUGAAUGGAGGACCUGCUGUCAGCAAUGCAGCAUUGAGAAGCAGGUCAACACAUAAUCUGCAUCAGCAGGAUGGAGGGUUCUAUCAAAACCUGAGUAUCUACAGGAAUAAAAUUCCUAGUCCACAACAACUAGGUGAUAG